AUGAUGAAAAACAAAAAAGAAAAGGCAGAGAUAAAAGAAAAGGCAGAGAUAAAAGAAAAAAAGAUUGAAAAAAAGAUUGAAAAAAAGAUUAAAAAAAAGAGUAAAAAAAAGAGUAAAAAAAAUGCAGAUACAAAUGAAUUGCAAAAGUAUAUGGAUAAACUAUGGGGGUUUAGUUCAUCAGAAGAAGAUGAAAAAAAUGUAGAAAAAAAAUAUGGAAAUAGAAAUAUAACCGAUUAUAAAAAAGAAAAAGAAUAUACCGAUGAUGAUGUUUUAAAAAAUAAACUAUACCAGAAUAGUGACACGAAUAGUGAUACGAAUAGUGAUCAGAAUAGUAAUAAAUUAUUAACAAAAUCGGUGAAAGAAAUAAAUAAUAUAAAUAAGUAUGGUAGCGAAUUAUGCGAUACUGAAGAAGAAAAAGACGAACAUACCGAAUUGAAUAGCAACGAAAUUGUAGAUAAUAACUUUUUAUUUAAUUUUGGAAAUUCAAAAAAUAAUAAAUCAAAACAAAUUAAAAAAGAUAAAAAAAAAGUAUCUUUUGAUAAAACAACGGAAAUUAAGAAAGAUAGUAUAAUGGAUAGUAACAAAAGUAAUAAUUUUUAUAAAAAUCAAGAUGAAAAAAAAAAUAAGUUUGAAAAAUUAUCCUUAAACAAAAUAAAAAUGAAUACACAAGAUAAUGAUAAAAAUAAAGAAAAAGAAUAUAAAGAGAAAAGAGAAAUGAAAAAAACAUUUAUGGAUGCUGUCCAUGAAAUUCGAAAAAUAGCUAUACCACAUUUAAACAAAUUUCAACGAAAGAAUGUAGAAAAUCAUCAAGUUAAAUUAUUAGGUGGUAAAUUUGAUAAAAGCCAAAAAAUUCAUUAUCCUGAACUUAUGCAACGAAAAAAAUCAAUAAAAAAAUAUAUAUCUAAAAGAAAAGAAACUGAAAAAAUAUUAGGUGUAAAACUCCAAACAGGUGAUAGUAUUGAUAUGCAUGAUGUUCUUAGGAAAAAAAAUAAAAAUAAAAAUAAAAAAUAUAAAAAAAAAAUAAAUUUAUUUUAA